AUGGAGGUCUUCGGCAACCCGAGGACCCAGUUUUUGGAGGCGGAGGUGGUGCAGAAGCACUUAGACCAGCUCCCUUUCAAGGAGGAGAACCAGCCACUGUCGGAGCGCCUGGGCUCGGAGUCGGAUGUGGGCGUCAUCAGGCCGCGGGAGGUGGAGCAGCUGGUGGAGCUUUCAAACGCUGGAGAAGAGGUUUGGGAGACGCUGGUGAAGGACGAACAGAUCCAUAUACAGCGACAUCGCGAUCGCAGCCUUUUCAAUGGCAGUGUCUUUGUAAAGCUCGUCGGGCGCAUCUCCAAUACCACCGCCGCGCAUGUAGCGCACUGCUUUGGCAACUUCGCUGACCGAGCUGGCUGGGAUAAGCAAAUGGACAGCUUUCGACUGAUGUACAAUGUGGCCUCUAACGACAUCCUCUACUCCCUCCUCCACGCGCCACCGCUGACAGAUCGCGACUUCUUGAUCUACCACGCAACUCUGCGACAUGAAACUGGUCGUGGCAUCAUGCUUUACACCCGCUCUGCCAGCAACCGCCUUUGUCCACCGACGCGGGCAGUGAGAGCAACACAGUACGUCGCGUCCUAUUGCAUCAUGCAGGACCCGGACGGAAAGGGCGUGACCUUCACCACCACUUCGGCCGUGGAUCCGCACAUCCCCUUCCUCCCGAAGUGGGUUCUGACUUUGCUGAUGCCCUCCGAGUUCCGUCGCUGGCGGAAUGCUGUCGAGAAGCGCUGCCGCGAGUUGCACAGGGACGCUGUGCCCAUCCCCGUGGCCUCGCUGCUGCAGCCAGAGGCCGAGCUCCGGGCGCCGAAGGCCGCGGCGAUGGAGGCGGCGACGGAGGAGGCCACGCCGACAGGCAAGAGCUCCACCGAGGCUGGAAGCACACAGGACGGCCACAGCCGCGGCGAUGUCAGCGAUGUAAAGACUGCCGACGGCGACGGUGCUGAGAGCUCGCCAGGCACCCGACCUGACUCUUCACCUCGCAUCGAGGGCGCAGUGGCUGCUCCCGCGACUUCGCCAGGCCUGUGCUGGUGUUGCUGA